GGCGUCAACAAAAUUGUACAAAUAUGUCCAGUGGGCAUUCGCCCGUGAAGCCCCAGAGCAGCAUAUGCCUGUUGUGGCUGCUCAUCUCCAAGACGGCGCGGUUCCAGAUCGCCAAUACGCUCACCAACGCGAUCAUCAUUGUGGGGCCCAUCGUAGUCUUCCUCGUCUAUGCUGCGACGGCUUUGUUCCAUGAGCCGCAAGGGGAGACGUCGGUAAAGUACCCGCCCGUCAACAUCACAACCAAUGUGCCGUACAUUUUCUACUCGCCUAAGAAUCCAGUCUUAGCGGGUGUCAUCGAGGAUGUGGUACACGACUUGAAGGCCUUGGGUAGCCAGGCUUUUACCAGCGCCUCUGAACUGAGUAUAGCGCUGACGGAAUUGGAUACUUAUGGCUGUGUGGGCAUUGAGUUUGACGACGGCUUCAGCGACAUAAAAGUACUUCCGAAUAAUGUCACAGUGCGCUUGCGUUUUCCGCUUCACCUGCGCAACGAUCCCAAGAUGAUUUGGGACAACAGUUCGGUCUUCAAGCACUCCAAUAUGGACGUUGAUUACUAUCGGGUCGAGGGAUUUUUAGUUGUGCAAGCCAAGCUCAGCAAGGCGUUGAUCAGGGCCAAAAACGAAGCCGCCUUAAUACCCGAAGUAAUUCUGCAGCACUAUCCAGAUGUCGAGAAAGCCGACGGUUUGGAUAACACGGUGGCCUUGGGCGGCGUUCUCUUCCUGCCCGUCACCAUAUCCGCCGCAUAUCUUGCCCAAAUGAUUGUGUUGGAGAGGCGCGACCAUAUCAGGGACAUGCUGCAACUUAUGGGCGUGCGGGCAUGGAUAUACUGGCUGUCCUGGUUUCUGGUGGCUUUCUUGCUCCUGUCCAUACCCACCGUAUUUAUGGUUCUCCUGCUGAGGUGGCGCUACUUUUCGCUGAGUGAUUCGUCUCUGCUGCUCUUCUUUCUGCUGGUCUACAACUUGGAGGUCCUGACUUCGGCCUUCAUGAUAUCGUCCUUCUUCUCGGACACGGUCGGUGUGCAAGUGGCCAUAGUGAUCGUGCACCUAGUUGGCUGCCUGCCAUGGCGCCUAUUGCUCAUGGGCUACAUUCCCACUUUACCGCGCGCCAUAUUCGUCUGCCUUUUCCUGAACAGCUCGUUGGCCAUGGGACUGCAACAGUUCAUUAAGAGCGAGAACCUUCGCUUGGGCAUGCACUGGAAAUAUAUGUUUGAGCGCACCGAUUGGAAUGAAUUUGUGCAGCUGGGCCCCAUCCUGAUCCUCAUGCUGUUUGGCUGCCUGUUCCGCCUACUUAUCCUAGUUUAUAUGGAACAGCUGAAGAGUUAUCGGAACAGAAAGUGGUAUUUUCCGGUGCAGCCUUCCUUCUGGUGUCAGGGGAAUGGUCGCCAUCGAUCCAGUGACUCGGAUGUCGAACGGCAGGAAACGGGAAUCAGAGGGCAUCCACUGAUUGUACGGGCCAGAAACAUUGAAAAGGUCUUCAACGAACGGGUUGCAGUUAAAGAGCUCAAUCUAAACUUCUACCAAGACGAGAUCACCGUGUUUCUGGGCCACAACGAUUCGGGAAAGUCAACAAUCUUCAUGCUCCUGGCCGGUUUCUUAAAGCCCACCGCCGGCGAAAUCACCAUCAAUGGAUAUGACCUGACCACCGAGCAGAGAAAAGCGCGCCGAUCCAUGUGCUUUUGCCCGCAGCACAAUGUGCAGUUCGGGAAGGUUACGGCACGAUGGCACCUCCAGUUCUACUGCCGCCUGAAGGGGCUGAGCCAACAGGAGGCCUCUGCCGAGACGGACAAGUAUCUGGAGAUCGGUCACUUGCAGGACUUUGCCAACACUAAGGUGAAGGAUCUGCCUAGCGGUAUCAAGCGAAUGCUCAUGCUGUGCUGCACUCUGUGCGGAAACUCCAAGAUACUUCUUUUGGACGAGCCCGGCACCAGCAUGGAUCCUCCGAUGCGCAGCAACAUGUGGGACCUACUGCGGCGGGAACGCAAGGGUCGCUGCAUCAUCAUGGCCACGCACAACAUGCACGAGGCCGAGGUGGUUGCAGAUGAAAUUGUGGUCUUGUGCGAUGCCCAGGUGAUCGGAUACGGCACCACGGGCUUUCUCACCCAGGUCGCGGACACGGGCUCAUCUUACCUACUGAUCUGCACCAAGAUGGAUACAUGCUGGGUGGCGGAGGUGACGCACUUUCUGCAGACCCGUUUUCCGGACAUCAGGCUGCAAAACGAGUUCGGCAUUUACGUGACUUACGAGCUGCCCACCAAGCAUGUGCAGCGAUAUUCGGGCUUGUUUCUGGAGCUGGAGGAGGCAUUGAACGAACUGAAUCUGCUAGAGAUCAGUGUGUGUGCCCCCACACUGGGAAGUGUGUUUCUGCGAAUGGGAGAGGAAAUGAGGCAGUCCUGGAAUCGAAUUAGCUCCUUUGACUUCCAGUCCGGUCCGUCGCCCAUGGCGUCCCUGCUCAAUCUCCUGCCCACCUUCGAUGUGCGCGAGGACGAUGGACGUGUAAAAUGCUGCAAUCAGUUUCGGGCUAUCAUAGAGAAGAAGUGCCUGUUUAUGAGCCGCCACCGUGUGUUAUACUGCAUAAUCAUCGCGACGCCAAUCAUCAUCUGCCUGCUCAUCCAAUCCUUUGCCUCCUUCAUGUUCUUCGUCGACCAUCAUCUGUCCGAGCUGCUGGUCACGAAUUUGAGCAUCUACCCCAAGGCGGUGUUUGUGAUCGACUCCCCGGCCGACGACGAUAGGUUCGCACGACGCUACAUGGAGAAUGUCAUCAGGCAACGAGGUUCAGUGCGGAAAACGAGGGGAACUCCUCUCGACGACUAUCUGCUGGCAGAGAUGCAGUCGGACCUCGUAAAGGUGCAGCAUUCCUUUUUGGCCGGCGUCACCUUCGACAGCAACGCAAAUUCGAUCGUCGCCUGGUCGAACAAUAAGCUCAAACACGGCUCACCACUCUCGUUAGGAUUGGUGUACGCGGCCAUUGGGCAGGAGCUGGCCCGACUGGAUAUCCGGAUUGUGAACAAACCGUACCAGGAUACGUAUAAGCAAGCAUUGCACGGGCUGAUCUACGUCAGCUCCAUUGAGUUCGCCGUGCUCGUGUUCCACUACCUUGUCGUGGGCACCGUAAUCUUUGCGGUUUUGCCGAUCCUCGAGCGCCAGAGCUGCGUGCAGCACCAGCAAUUCGGCAGCGGGAUGUACAGGAGCACCUACUGGCUGUCGCAUCUGUUUUGGGACUAUUGCUUAUUCAUCGCAAUGAUCUGGUCGGUGAUCGUGACCGCCGGUUUUGCCUUGGAAUCGGUAUUGCCCAUUGCACUCCUUUUGCUUGCCUUCGGGUUCUCCGCCAUUUCAUUCACCUAUCUGAUGAGCCUGAUGUCCAAAGAUUUCGGCAAAGUGUUCAGUAUUAUACUGUACAUUAACAUGAUAGGUGUUCUGGCCUUUUUCAUCCACCCCCAGACUCCGCAAACUCGGUACGCUGUUAUUGAGUCCGUGCUUCUGGUCCAUCCACAUUAUGCAUUAUGUUGCGGAGCGUAUGAGGUGAUACAUAGUCAUACGGUAUACGUGAAGCAGAAGCAGCUUUGCUACCUCCUCAUCAGCGGAGUGGUAUAUUUGAUUCUUGUCGUGUUCGCGUGGAUUCCGCGCCUACUAAACUAUGUCUUCAAGUCCAUUAAAAACGAAAAAAUAUACCCAAGCUACGAAGAUGAGGAUAAGGAAGUUACCAAAAUCCGGCGGAGAUUAACCUACCUGACCACCACGCAUUACUCCUACUUUCCUCUGAUCCUGAAGAACGUAUCCAAACGCUUUGGCAGCUUUGUGGCAGUACGGUCCCUAACAUUGGAUCUUAAUCCUUUCGAGUGCGUUGGUUUGCUGGGAAGGAAUGGGGCUGGCAAGUCUAGCACCUUCCGAAUGAUCGUGGGCAUGGAGUCGAUCACGGUGGGCAGCAUUCACAUCAAGGGCUACAGCAUCAAGACUCAGCCAAAGAAUGCCUUGCGACACAUGGGCUUCUGUCCGCGGGAAACGAUGCUCUCGUCGUUUAUGACUGGCCAGGAUGCGCUGCGCUUCAGUUGCUUGAUCAACGGCAUUCGAAAGGAGUACAUCAAAAGCUUGGUGGAGUCAUUGGCCGAGUGCUUUGAACUCGUGCCCCACAUGAACAAGCGUAUCAGCACAUACAGCAACGGGACAAAGCGGAAGCUAAUGAUUGCCAUGGCCACCCUGGCGCCAUCGCUUAUGUGCCUGGACGAGCCCACCGCCGGCGUAGACAUGCAUGCCAAGUACGAGAUUUGGAGGAUUUUGGAUGGUAUCCGCCAAGGUGGUCGCAGCAUUCUGAUCACCACGCACAACUUGGAGGAGUGCGAGUUUCUGUGCACCAAUGCGGGCAUCAUGGACCGUGGCUCCCUGCUCUGCUACGGAAGUUUGUCGCGGCUGAAGCUCCGCUUCAAUAUGGGCAUUUUCGUCAAAGUGAAGAUGGGCACCAACGCAGAAAUGGACGAUGAGAGGGACACUUGGAAUCAGAUCGCCAUGAUGCCCCCGAAAGAUAGUAGAAUGGGCAGCCAGGUUGGCGCUCGCCGCUUCUUGUUGGCGCACUUACAUAGACACAACAAGCCUUCAGUAGCAGCGGUCAAGAAGUCGAGGCGCAUCACACCACAGCCAGGCUCCACAAAUUCGGAAUUAAACAUGCGCCAGGACUACGAGGCAUUGUUGCAGAGAUUGGAGGAAGUCUUCUCAAAAGACCAUCCAUAUAGCACCGUCAGCGAGAAGUACUCCUACCGAGGAAUGAUCACCUUCUGCAUUCCGAAAGGGCAGAUCAAGUGGUCCGAGAUCUUCGCCUACAUGGAGAACUUAAAGGAGCAAAUGCAGAUAUUGUACUACUCGGUCAGCCAUACAACUUUUCAGGAUGUGUUCAUGGAGUUUGUCAGGAAGCACAAUCAAUAG